GAGUUCCGAUCGACGCUUUGGGCUAAGCUGAAGACCCAUAUUGCAGCGAACAUCGUACCUGUGGUCGUGCAGUUGGCCAAGGACCGCGGCCAUGAGGUGGUCUUCACGCCACCGUACCAUUCUGACCUGCAACCUAUUGAGAUGGUUUGGGCGUAUGUCAAAGGGGCUGUUGGGUGGCAGUACAAUACCUCGACCAAGUUCCCGGACGUUCGCCAGCGGCUGGAUCGUGAAUUCGCCGGCCUACCGAGUAGCGUGGUUUUCGAUUGCAUCAACCAUACGGAUCGCAAAGUGGUAGAAAUGGCAGCCUACCUGAAUGCCGUCGACGAUGCCGAUGAUGCCGCUGGGGCCGCAUUCUCGUCCGAGAGCGAAAGUGAAAGUGACGCCGACAGUUGCGACGACUGCGAUUUUGCCGACUACGAUGGUGAUGUGUAA